UUUACUGAUACCCAGGAGGGAAAUUAACGUUACAGCUGCACAAGAACCAGAGAGACAGUCUGCCGUAGUCGGCCUUAUCAUUCAAUACCGGAAGACAAGAGGUCCUUUUCCCGCAGACUCCAACAUGGCAAGAGGACCGAAGAAGCACCUGAAGCGCGUCGCAGCGCCAAAGCACUGGAUGCUUGACAAGCUCACCGGAGUUUUUGCUCCUCGUCCUUCCACCGGCCCCCACAAGCUGAGGGAGUGCCUGCCCCUCAUUAUCUUCCUGAGGAACCGCCUCAAGUACGCCCUGACCGGGGAUGAGGUGAAGAAGAUCUGCAUGCAGAGGUUCAUCAAGAUUGACGGCAAGGUCCGCACCGACAUCACCUAUCCUGCUGGAUUCAUGGAUGUGAUCAGCAUUGAGAAGACCGGUGAGCACUUCCGUCUGAUCUACGAUGUAAAGGGACGUUUCACGGUCCACCGCAUCACGGCUGAGGAGGCCAAGUACAAGCUGUGCAAGGUGAAGAAGAUCAUGAUUGGCACCAAGGGAAUCCCUCACCUGGUGACCCACGACGCCCGCACCAUCCGCUACCCAGACCCCCUCAUCAAGGUCAACGACACGAUCCGCAUCGACCUGGACACCGGCAAGAUUACAGAUUUCAUCAAGUUUGAUACUGGUAACCUGUGCAUGGUGACUGGCGGUGCUAACUUGGGGCGUAUUGGUGUGAUCACCAACAGGGAGCGUCACCCUGGCUCUUUCGACGUGGUGCACGUCAAGGAUAGCACAGGCAACAACUUCGCUACCAGGCUCUCCAACAUCUUUGUCAUUGGCAAGGGCAACAAGCCGUGGGUGUCCCUGCCCAGAGGAAAGGGAAUCCGUCUGACCAUCGCCGAGGAGAGAGACAAGAGGCUGGCCGCCAAGCAGGGCAGCAGCUAAACUGGCCACACACAGGACAGCCUGACACCCUGGUUUUCAAAUAAACUGUUAUUUACAAAACA